CACAGUACGGCGCACAAACAAUGUGAUUUAUUUUACUUCGAUUUUUUUCUACUCUUUUAGAUUUUACAAUUUAUUAGGAUUAGUGUCGUGAUAUUUAUUACGUAGUAGUCGCGCGAUAUUUUUUGUUUCUCUCUUUUUGGUGUUUAGGUUAGAAAUGUCGACAUACCAUCGUUACUGUACAGCUAACAAUUUGAGAAGAGAAGUUGUGUGAAAUCCGCCUGGCAUUUUGAAUAAUGAUGAAUGUACUAAUAAGAUGAGAUCUCAGUUUAAAUAAUAUUUUCGGCGGCCGCAAAAUCGAUCUUGAAGAAAAUUGUGAAAAUCGAUCGAUAUUAUUAGAAUAAGUACCUAGUUAUAAGAAAUCCAGAAAAAUGUUUACAACGAGAAGAAAUAUUAAGAAGAAUUACACUGAAUUGAAAAGGAUAUCGUGAAAAUUAAUUUAAAUUUUCACACGGUUUUUUUCAAGCUUACUGAUCCUUCUGUAUUGAAAUGAUGAACGAAAGAGAUCGUGGAGAACGUGAUUACAUCGGAUUUGCGACUCUACCGGAGCAGGUACAUCGCAAAUCUGUCAAAAGAGGGUUCGACUUUACACUAAUGGUUGUUGGUGAGUCGGGCCUUGGAAAAUCUACACUAAUCAACAGUCUAUUUCUUGGAGAUCUCUACAAAAACAGGAAAAUUUCUGAUGCCCAAGAUAGAAUAGAAAAAACAACGACAAUCGAAAAGAAAACCAUGGAGAUCGAAGAACGCGGAGUGAAGCUCAGAUUGACAAUAGUAGAUACUCCUGGAUUCGGAGAUGCUAUUAAUUGCGAAGAUUCGUGGCGGGUCUGCUCAGCUUACGUGGACGAACAGUUCCGACAAUAUUUCACUGAUGAAAGCGGCUUGAACCGACGGCAUAUGCAGGAUAACAGAGUGCACUGCUGUCUGUAUUUCGUACCACCUUGGGCUCACAGUUUACGUCAGGUUGAUUUGGAAAUGAUGAGACGGCUGCAUCGGAAGGUGAACAUCGUGGUGGUGAUAGCGAAAGCGGACUCCCUCACCAGCGCUGAAGUGAAGCGGCUCAAGACACGCAUACUGAACGAUCUGGACGAGCAUCAGAUACAAGUGUACCAAUUUCCGGAAUGCGACAGCGAUGAGGAUGAAGAAUUCAAGCAACAAGACAGAGAGUUGAAAGCCGCUGCUCCGUUCGCCGUAGUAGCCUCCGAUACUGUUCUGGAGGUAGGCGGAAAGCGCGUGCGCGGCCGUCAAUAUCCCUGGGGCAUUGUGGAUGUGGAAAACCCGCGGCACUCUGAUUUCACUAAGCUGCGAACGAUGCUGAUAUCGACGCAUAUGCAAGACCUGAAGGAUGUAACGCAAGACGUGCAUUACGAAAACUUCCGCGCCCAGUGCAUUUCGCAAAUAUCGCAACACGCCAUGCGGGAGCGAGGAAAAUUGAAAAGGGAUUCGAUGGGUAACCACACCGACGUAGUUUUCACGGACACAGAUCGUUUGUUACUACAAAAGGAUGAAGAGAUUCGUCGUAUGCAAGACAUGUUAACUCAAAUGCAAGAAAAACUCAAAGCUUCCGAUAAAAAACACGACAGUAUUAUAGAUGUAUAGAAAAUAGACUGCAAAAAUUUGUUUAGCAAACAAGCAUAGAUAAUCCAAAUAAUAGUAAGUUAUUUGUAGUUAUUUUAAACUAAACGAUAGAAACACAAAAUAUAAGGGUUGGUCGUGAUAUGUAUGUACAGAUGUUUUUAGAAUUUUAAAUCUACAGUGAUGUUUUAUAGGACUUGUUCGUAAAUUUAACGAAAGCUAGGUUGCACAAGUUUUUAUUAGUAGGUGUUGUACCUAAGUAUAUUGAUAAUUGAACUCUUAUCUUCACAGAUAAAGCUGUUAACAUUCGCUACGAUUGUAAUUGUCAAUAUACAUAGAUACACUGCACAAAAUACAUUGAAGGCAGGCAAUUUGAAAAUUCGGCCGUAAUUGUGGAUAUAAUUAGUACAGUAUAAAAGAGCCGAAUAACCACAAAAUUUACAAACCAAAAAAUUUUUUAUCUACCUGCAAACACUUAAUUGGAAGUACGAGUAGGUAGUAAAUAUUUUAAAAAAACAGUUUAAAAACCAACGUUUACCAAGAGUUAGACCGUCAGAUGAAAAACAAAAACUAUAAGAUAGUUACACGAUAUUAAGUAGGUAGUCCUUAAACUUUAAGGCUUAGAGAAUUGUUUCAGGAAUAGGUAAUUUAGCAGAUCAAAACCGACAAAAUUAUAUAUCUGAACCGAAUCUGUGCCCAUGGAUUAUCAUUUUACAAACUUAACUUUUGAGUACGUAAAGUAAAUCUGUCUUUAUGGAGUGGUAUAAAGACAGAUUUACUUCAUCUACUCCAAAGUUAAGUUUUGAGUUUUAACAGAUGUAGGUACGUUCAGCUCGUAUCAAUUUUAGACAUGUUUUAGAUUUAACCAAUGAAGGUCAUAUUAGAUAAACGUAUAAACGAGAUCACAAAGAGCAGGACUUAUAAAGUAAAGAAUAACCGACCAGUAACACUCGCUAACCGAUGCGAUGGUUCCGCCUUGGAAGACCUUGGAAGAUAUAAUAUAUUUAUUUAUAUAUUUUUACUUUAACAAAAAAAAGCUGAUGUUGUAAGAAUUAUCUAUUUGUGUGAAAAUUCAAAACAGACUCUGUAGAACCCCUGUGAUUACAUACAACAUACUAAUACAGUAAUACUAGUUCAGUUUUACGAUAUAAAAUAACGUUAAACUGUAAUAUCGACGCUGCUUUCCGAGCCCAAGGCUGUGGGUUCGAUUCCUACAACUUGAAAAUGCGUGUGUGAUG